GGAGCGAGCCGGAGGAGGAGCAGCAGCAGAUCCAGCUCCAGCUCAGAGCCCACAGAUCACACGGACCACCGCUUCUAGCCGCCGCCUAGCCACCACUCCUGAUGCCUGAAAUGGAAACUAUGCAAGAGCUGAUCCCCUUCGCUAAGGAGAUGAUGACCCAGAAGCCCAAUGGAAAGCUAGCAAAGCUGUACAUGGUGGGCAGCGUGCUGGCCUUCUUUGGGGUCAUGAUCGGCCUAGUUGAGACUGUCUGCAGCCCCUUCACUGCCAGAGUCUGGCCGCGGAAGAAGGAAGAGGAGGAGAAGGCAGCAGCAGCCCAGGCCGUAGCUCAGCGAGCCUCCAAGAUCCAAGCACAGAAGCAGAGGGAACUCAUCUUGGAGAAGGCCAAACUGCAACAGCAGGCUAUGGGAGGCAGGAUCCUGACCAACAGGCUGCAUGCAUCCUAGAAGCGAGUGGACAGUCCUGCCAGGGAGAAUGGGUGCAAGAGAGAGAGUGUGAGCAAGAGGAAACAGAGAGGGAGAGUAAGAGAGGGAGAGAGAGAGAGAGGGAGAGAGAGAUCAGAUAGAGGUGGGUGGAUACCUCUUGGGACGGAGCUAAUUUCCGAAGAGGGAAACGAAUGAUCGGAGACAUGAUUGAAGAGCUGUGGAUUCCACCAGAAUGAGGUUGGGGUUUGGGAUUUGCUGCUAUGCAGCAGUAGAAAGGUGAUCUGUCCCUCACUAUGCUAGGGGCCCUUUGGGAUAUCCAAGUGCAUGGAACAUUUGGCACCAGGGGAAUAUUUUUUAAAAUGCUUUUUUAUAACUACCACCAUUUUGCAUUUUAAAUAAACAUUUUAU